UACAAAGUGUGCACUCAGUCCCUGCAGUGCUUGCUCCUGCUGUGUCACUCUGUCCUUCCCUCCUCGUUUGGUCUUCCCAUCCCUCUUCCCUCGGUGGCAAGAUUACAGAGGCAGUGUCCUGUUGCUGGUGUGCCCUUGUCUGAGACUUCUGCUUGAUUUUUUUUUUCUCUGCUCAGCUCUUCUCUUUGCUCUGGUACUGCAUUAGGAAUGGAGAAUGACCAGUCUCCGACAUCACCUGAGCAGGAUACCCAGGGGCAGAGUGGGGACAAACCUGCCCCUGGCUUGGUGUCCCCUGCUCCAGCCUCCAUAGAGCAGCCAAGUGCUGGGCCCGAAGAAGCCACGUGUGACAUCUCAGAGGAGUUGAGCCGGCAGCUGGAGGACAUCAUUAAAACCUACGGGUCUGCCACGAGCCUGAUGGAGAAGGAAAACACUUCUACAGGAACUGAAAAGCCUAAGAAGGGAGAGCAAGGCAUCUUGGAGGAUGCAGAGUAUGAAGAUGGAAAUGAGGAGAGUGAGAAAGAGAAGCUGGCUCCUGGGGAUGCUUGCAGAGCAAAGGAGCCCAGCGGCAACAAGGAGCAAAAGCUGGAGAAGAAAAUCCUGAAAGGACUAGGAAAAGAAGCCACCCUACUGAUGCAAAGCUUGAAUAAACUGAAUACUCCAGAAGAGAAGUUGGACCUGUUGUUUAAGAAGUAUGCUGAGUUGCUCGAAGAACACCGUGCCGAGCAGAAAAAGCUGAAGUACCUACAGAAGAGGCAGGCUCAGAUCACCAAGGAGAAGGACCAGCUGCAGAGUGAGCACAGCCGAGCCAUCCUUGCCCGCAGCAAGCUGGAGAGCCUGUGCCGGGAGCUCCAGAGACACAACAAAAACCUCAAGGAGGAAACAAUUCAGCGGGCACGGGAGGAAGAUGAGAAGAGGAAAGAAAUAACUAAUCACUUCCAGGGCACACUGAGUGAAAUCCAGGCUCAGAUCGAGCAGCAAAGUGAGAGGAACAUGAAGCUCUGCCAAGAGAACACAGAGCUGGCAGAGAAACUGAAGAGCAUCAUUGACCAGUACGAGCUGCGGGAAGAGCACCUUGAUAAAAUAUUUCAGCACAGAGAACUUCAGCAGAAACUGGUAGAUGCCAAGUUGGAACAGUCUCGGGAAAUGAUGAAAGAAGCUGAGGAGCGACAUCAGAAAGAGAAGGAAUAUCUCCUGAACCAAGCUGCAGAAUGGAAGCUCCAGGCCAAAAUGCUAAAGGAGCAAGAGACUGUCCUGCAGGCACAGAUCACUCUCUAUUCUGAAAGGUUUGAAGAAUUUCAGAAAACAUUGACCAAAAGCAAUGAAGUGUUUGCCACAUUCAAACAAGAGAUGGAAAAAAUGACAAAGAAAAUGAAGAAGUUGGAAAAGGAUACUGCUACAUGGAAAUCCAGGUUUGAGAACUGUAACAGAGCGUUACUGGACAUGAUUGAAGAGAAAGCCAUGAGGUCCAAGGAAUAUGAGUGCUUUGUGUUGAAAAUCCAGAGACUAGAGAACCUUUGCCGUGCUCUGCAGGAAGAGAGGAAUGAAUUGUACAAAAAAAUAAAGCAAGCACAGUACCCAGAAGAGGCGAAUGGAAAUGGCAUCUUAGAAGAAGAAGAAGAAGAAGAAGAAGAAGAAGCUACUGAUACAAGCCCUUCCCCCUCUGAGCAGGCGAGCAUUGAGCUGCGUGAGAGUGACAAGAGAAUGCUGAAGGAGCUGGCUGAAGGUUUCAGUGUGUCCCACAAGGCAGAGGAGUCCCUCCCAAGCAACAGCAGCAAUCCAGAGACCUGUGACACUCAAAUGUGUAAUGCUGCCCCGGAGCCAGAACUCCCCGCUCCUCUCACCCCACAGUCAGAGUCUGGGAAACACUGUGAGCAGCCCAGCACAAGCACACCAGUACCCACUGAACACAUGCCAGCACCCACUGAAAGUAUGACAAUACCCACUGGGAACAUGCCAAAGCCCACCAAAAGCAUGCCCGCGCUUCCAGGAAGGGUGCCAAUGCCCGCAGAAAGUGUGCCAAUACCUCCCAAGAGUGUGCCAGUAUCCACUGGGAAUAUGCCAAAACCCAUUGAAAGCAUGCCAGCAAGCCCCGAAAACAUGCCAACACCCACACAAAACAUGCCCCCUCCCCUUGGGAAUAUGUCAGUACCCAUGGAAUAUCCACCAAAAGCUACAGAAUGUGUGGAUGACCCAGCAGACAGAUCUGUCCAAGGUCAGUUCACUGAGCAAAGAGGGGACGCGGACAUGGAAGCAGUGGAUUGAAGACACUGGUGUGUCCAGACUUGUCUUCUGCAAACUAGAGGUCUGCUUUGUCCUCUAAAUAGAUGCCUUUUUUUUUUUUAAAAGAAACAAAAAUGUGGGUGCUAAAACACACUCACAUAUCUGAAGGCAAAUGUAAUGCACUUCUCUUUGCUACCACUAUCCAGUAAUAAUGAGUCUGCAAAUUUUGCAAUCCUUCAUCUGCUUGAAGUAUAAUAUUUUCUUAAUGACAGGAAAAUACAAUAAAAUCAUGGGAUCUUUUUUUUCCCAGGCAUGAUGAGUCAUCUCAUUCAGCAAUAUAAUUUUAAAGUGUUGCAGUUUCAUGUUUCAAAACCCAUUGCAAUUCACAUACAUAUAUUUAAAGACUCAUCAUUAAUUCUAUCUAUUUGUUUUGACAUUGCAUAAAAGAUGGCCUACUUGGACAUAAAGUUAUUUUAAUAAAUGAGGUGAAAGGAAUCUGUAAUUACAAAGUAAAGUAGUGAAAUGAUCGACAUAGUCAGCCAUAUCCAAAGAGUAGUGUAACAACCAAAGGUGAAUUUUUUUGAGAGGAAAUGACCGAUCUGCACUGUGGCCUAAACACCCACCAGCUUUCAGCUUUACCUUCCAUUGGUCUUUUCUGCUCAGUGUUCUAAAAGAGGUUUUGUUUUCCACAGAACUAUAGGGAAGAGGAGAAGAUCUUUUCUAGAUUCCCAUAAAAUAACUAAAAACAACUGAAAAGAAACUUCCAAACUGAUGGCAAUUCCUAACCAUGACAGGUAGGGGGUCACAACCCCCUUUCUGCAUCCAAGAGAAAACUGCUACUUUGUCAUACUGUUUGGGAUCAUGAGCCCAACAGUGGGGAUCAUGGCUGUUUCCAGCUCACAAAUGAGGUCAGAAGUUGGCUGCAGAUCCCAGUUUCUAUGCAAGGAGCAGAAAGCAGACUGGAAGACACCAAGAUGUAUUCCAGAGGAAAACCCUGAGAUCAUGCUUCUGGAUGGUGGCAUCUCUCCCAGUUACAGCCACAUGAACCUAUUCACCACAGCUUCCUCCUGGCCCUGCUGCAUGUGCUGAUGCUCCCAGGAGAAGGGCAAGGACACUCACUUGUCACCCUGUUCAUUGGAGCGGAGCACAAGUAAAUAGCCCAGAAGCAAAUAGGUAUCAGGAAAGCAGGAAUCCUUUUCACAGACACUCCCAGGCACUGGCUACAUUCUUAUCCCCUCUCUUGUCUAACCGGCUCUUCCUGUAUGCCUGCCAACACACCAUUGCUUAUUAAUGUAGCCACCUUGUCAGAAACUGGUUGAUUCUAGUGCCAAGAACAGAGAUGAGGAAGGAAGGAGACAAGAGAGGGUACCAACCCAGACAGCUGUACAUGGUCUCAAGCAAAGAAAGUAAGAAGGCUUUUUGGAAGAAAGUUGAAAAAUCCUGUUGGCACAUUUCUUGUUUCUCAUCUCCUUCUUCUGAAUUCAAUCUAGGCCUUUCAGAGUCUGAGCUGGAUAGCUUAAGAAUUUGAAAAGGGCAAUUAAACAAGAUGUUCAGAGGCCGGAAAGGGAAAUGUUGCAAUCAAAGAAACUUAUGUUUAUAGACAAAUCCCAAGAAGACCCUGAAGACAAAGUGACUCAUUCAAGCCAAGGUUGACAUACAGGUGAACCAAGAGGAAAGAUGUCAUCAUUGGCAGACCAUGGGAAAUAGUGGCCACAGAGCCCUUCCAGCAUGCCACCCUCCAAAAGUGGGGUUUGAAUCUUUGCUUACUGCCAACAUGAUCCACACCUUGGCUCAGUAUGUCUGUCUCUGCACUGCCUGGCCCAGCCUUUUCGAGAGCUAACUCUUGGAGUAUGCCGAGCACGAGUUGCAAUAGCCUCUUUGGAUAUGGCCUUACGAGUAGCUAUUAUGGUUACACUUUUCAAAUGUGGAUGCCUUAUGUUAGAUAACAAGACCUCCAGGAUUUUUUUCAGGUCUUUAACCACCUGAAAGUAGAUCAUUCAAGUCUUAGUUAUCUUAAGCUCCUUUUAUAAGCAGUGGAGAAGAAAAGGAAUCUUUUGAGGACAAGAUAUUUCACAGUAAUACUGGCAUCCAAGACAGAAGGAAUUACUUUCUCUCUGAAGAUGCCAUGUCUCUUUGGAUUGUACAGCCAGUUUAAGACAAUUAGCUUAAAUUUAAUAUGUCUCUGAUUAGGUGUUUAAAUUAGGCAACAUGAAUCCCAUCAAAUGUUCAGAUUCAAGGCACUAAGUGAAUGACCAUCUCUGAAAACCAAGCCAGUUAUGUGCCCGUGAAAAUGUUAAUCUAUAACAAAUCCUUAUCCUAAGAUAAAAAGUUAUACUCAUCCAAUAUACUUUUUUUAGUUUCCAUUGACUUAAGUCUGUAGAAAUAUAGUUUCCAUUACAAGUUUUGUUUGUUGUUAGGGUGACUUUUAAAAUUAAUGCAAUUUAU